AUGCACUAUGCUUACCUUGACAUCGUAGGUAAAGUUGCGCUCGUGACAGGAUCGUCUCGCAGUAUCGGUGCAGCUAUCGUCAGGCUUCUUUCAGAUCAGGGUGCUAGCGUCGUCAUUAACUUUGUCAACAGUCCAGGGCCCGCUCAAGAGCUCGUAUCCGAAAUCAAGUCCAAGGGCAAAGGUGGCGCCGUUGCAGUUCAGGCCGACGCAUCAACCAUUGCCGGAGGAAAGCAUCUAUUGGACGAAACCGUAAAGGCCUUUGGAAAACUUGAUAUCCUCAUCCUCAAUGCCGGAAUCAUGGGCAGCAAGCCUCUUGCUGACAUCGAUGAGAAAUUCUUCGAUAAUCAUAUCAACGCCAAUGUGAAAGGGCCCUUGUUUUUGGCAAAGGCAGCCGCUCAAAUCCUUCCUUCUCCUGGUGGACGAAUCAUCUUUUUUUCCUCCUCCUUGACUUCUGCCUCUACCGUUCUCCCCAAUGCCCUAUGCUACGUUAUCUCCAAGGGCGCCGUCGAGCAGGCAUCGCGCGUCCUUGCCAAGGAUCUUGGUGCUCGCGGUAUCACCGUCAACACUAUCUCGCCAGGUCCCGUCGACACCGACCUGUUCCGUGCUGGCAAGCCUCAAAAGCUGAUCGACAUCAUAGCCGCUCAAAACCCCAGCAACAAGCUGGGCCAGCCUGAGGAAAUUGCUCCUAUAGUUUGCUUCCUCGCGUGCCCCGCAGCACAGUGGGUAAAUGGACAAAACAUUCGUGUCAACGGGGUAUGUAUCAGUUUCGCAUUUCUUCUCCUACAUCUCACUGUUUUUUCAUAG